CCUCUUUAAUCUCACCGGCCAAUCUCUCUUCUUGUUUCAAUCUUCGUUUGAAUUAUUUUUAUAUAUUUGUUUUCAAUGGUUUUCUUAAAGUUAAAAACACUAACAAACAAAAAGUAAGAAAGGAAGAAAAUUUGGUUUUCAAAGAUGAAACCUUGACCCAUUUUGGCUCCAAUGAACAAUGAAGCCCUUGCCUUUCAUUUCAUUUUCACUUGUGGUGUACCUCUCUGACACUUCUCAUUUUUUUUACAUUUCACCCCAUUAGUAGUUUCUGUGAAAUUCUUGCCGGCAAUCUCUUUCAUCUUUCUUUAUUCGUUACGUUCUAAUCUGUAACAACGGAACCCCAAAAAAACAAUGGCAUUUCUCUGGUUUUUGCUCUUUUCUUUCAGCUUCACACUCUCAAAAUCCUCCACUCCCGACUCUGCUAUUCUUCUGAGCUUCAAAGACUCCAUUUUUUAUGACCCUUCAAACCUUUUAUCCACUUGGAACUCUUCUUCAAGUCACUGCUCAUGGUAUGGUGUCAAAUGCGCUAACUCCUCUGAUAAAGUGAUAGCUUUGUCGCUUCCCCACAAUGGGCUUUCCGGGGAGAUCCCUGGUGUUAUUGGAGACCUUAAGUUUUUGCAGGUUCUCCAAGUCCAAGGCAACAAAUUUUCCGGCCAGAUUCCGGUCCAGAUAAGCUCUAUCUCUUCUCUCAAUGUUCUCAACUUGUCUUUCAACUCGUUUUCCGGUCAUAUACCAGAUAAACUCAUCGGUAACAGCAACUUGAAAGUUAUCGACUUGUCCAAUAAUCUGUUUUCUGGUAGGAUUAGCGUUGAUAAUUCUAGCAGGUGUGAGUUUUUGACUCAUUUGAGCCUGUCUAAUAACUCUCUUGUUGGCAAUAUACCCCCUGAGAUUGGAAAUUGCAAAAACUUGAGGACUUUGUUGCUUGAUUACAACCUUUUAGAAGGCAAGAUUCCAGCUGAAAUAGGCCAAAUUACUGAGCUUCGGGUUCUAGAUGUUUCUAGGAACAGUCUCACUGAUGAAAUUCCAAAGGAGAUAGCAGACUGUAAGAAAUUAUCAGCUCUUGUGCUAACCAAUUUGAUAGAUUUCGGUUCUGAUGCGAAAACAAGUUACAUGGAUGGUUUUCGAGGAGAAUUCAAUGCAUUCGACCUCGGUGUUCCUUUUGAACUAUUUUCCCAUUCUAGUUUGGAGGUCUUGUGGGCGCCAAGAGCCAAUCUUCGAGGGCGGUUGCCCGCUAAAUGGAGUGAGUUUUGCUCACUCAGGGUCCUAAAUUUGGGGCAGAAUUACUUUGAUGGUAUGAUACCAGAAAGCAUUGUGAUGUGCAAGAGCCUUACUUUCUUGGAUUUGAGUUCCAAUAAUUUGUUUGGGUACCUUCCUUGGAAGCUAAAUGUUCCUUGUAUGACAUACUUUAACAUUAGUAGGAAUAAUAUUUCUGGUAAUAUUCAUGGAUACAACAGGAAAGGCAGCUGUGAUGGUUCCAUGGUUUCUCAAGUUCUAGCGUCUAGUUCCACAUGGGUUGAAUUCAAGUAUGGUAAUCUUCCUUUUUGGGGUUCUAAGAUGGGGUUGAUGAUGGAUGAGAGUUUUGCAGUAGUCCAUGAUCUAAGCUGGAAUAGUUUCACUGGCUCGAUACCGGUGUUCUUCAUCGCAGAUCAGUUAUUGGCUAGUGAUAGUAAAUUUUCAUACAGGUUGCUACUGAAUAAUAACAUGUUCAACGGUUCUUCUCAUAAGGAGCUAAUAUCUGAUUGUGAUAAGCUGCAGAGUGUCUCGGUUAACUUGAAUGAAAACAAGAUAGUAGGUGGGAUGGGGAAGACCUUUUUUCUUGAUUGUGUACGGCUAAUAGAGUUUGAAGCAGCAUAUAAUCAGAUUGAGGGAUCCAUAGAUCCUUGUAUUGGCAACUUGACGAUGCUUGAAUGGCUAGACCUUAGAGGAAAUAGACUCUCUGGAUCUUUGCCAAAUCAGUUGGGGAAGUUGAAGAACCUGACAUGGAUAUCUCUUGGAGAGAACAACUUAAGUGGAGAAAUUCCACCCGAACUCGGUCAAUUGGCAUUGCUUAAGGUUCUUGAUCUUUCCCACAAUUUUCUUACAGGAUCCAUCCCUGCUAGCCUAACAAAUGCUGGAAAUCUUGAAACCAUUUUACUCGACCACAAUCGGCUUUAUGGGGAAAUACCCCCAUCUUUCUCUUUGCUUUCUCAUCUGACUGUUUUGGACCUUUCUUUUAAUGACCUUUCCGGUUCGAUACCAAGACUCCAGCAUCAGACUAAUUGCAGUUCCUUUAGAGGUAAUAGACUUUUGCAGGAGUGUUUAUUUUCUGCGGUACCCCCGGGCGGGCCUAGGGGUCCAUCUAAAUUUCAGAAAGGGAGGAAUUCGGAACCUCUCAUAAUUGCAGCCAUAACUUCUGCUUUUGUUCUGCUUUGUAUGGUUGCAGUGGUUGUAAUUAUCUGUCGAUUUAGAAGGAAAAAGGUUAGAAGACUUGGUGCUCUUGAAGAAAAAGUGGUGGUGACUUUUGCUGAUGCUCCAAAUGAGCUGAAUUAUGAUAAUGUAGUUAGUGCUACAGGUAACUUUAGUACCCGAAACCUCAUUGGUAUGGGUGGAUUUGGAUCAACGUACAAAGCAGAGUUGGUCCCAGGCUAUCAUGUAGCUGUAAAGAAGCUUUAUAUUGGUCGAUUUCAAGGUGUUCAGCAAUUUGAUGCAGAGAUAAGAACACUAGGAAGAAUUCGACAUAAGAACCUUGUAACUCUUAUUGGAUAUUAUGUUGGGGAAAAUGAAAUGUUUUUAAUUUACAAUUACCUUUCUGGUGGAAACCUUGAGACUUUCAUUCAUGACAAGUCCGGAAAAAACGAACAGUGGUUAGUUAUCUACAAUAUAACAGUGGAUAUAGCUCAGGCUCUUGCUUACCUCCAUUACUCGUGUGUUCCCCGGAUAGUUCAUCGAGACAUCAAGCCAAGCAACAUUCUGCUUGAUGAAAAUCUUAAUGCCUUCCUCUCGGACUUUGGGUUGGCUAGGCUUUUAGAAGUUUCGGAGACCCAUGCCACCACAGAUGUUGCUGGCACAUUUGGUUAUGUAGCACCAGAAUAUGCAACAACAUGCCGGGUCUCCGACAAGGCAGAUGUGUACAGUUUUGGUGUUGUAAUGUUAGAAUUGCUGUCAGGAAAGAAGUCCCUUGAUCCAUCAUUUUCCGAGUAUGGAAAUGGAUUCAACAUUGUUGAAUGGACCAAGUUGUUGGUCAAGGAAGGGCGUCCUUCAGCGGUGUUCUCUGCUCAAUUGUGGGAAACUGGACCUAGGGAGAAUCUCUUGGGAAUGCUUAGGCUUGCAUAUGCCUGUACAGCGGAGACACUUUCUGUUCGGCCAUCAAUGAAGCAAGUUCUUGAAAAAUUAAAGCAUUUGAAAAACUGAAAAAGAAAAUGAUGACAGGAAACAAAAAAUUGGCUUUUGUCCGCAGAUUCUUCUGCUUCCAUAUGUCGAAAUGAGAUGACAUUGGAAUGGAACACUAUUCAGUCUUGCCUCGGCAGCCAUAUUAAUUGAUGAUCUUUUAUCACGUUUCCUAAGAACGGAUUUGCAGACGGUUGUUGACAUAGUGCAAUUGCAUAGUUCAUACUAAAACAUCAAUGAACAUUACAGCUACGAAUAAUGGCAACUUGGAUCGUCAUUAUUUCUAGAUUCAAUACAAAUACAUGUAGAUGAUAGGUUGAUUGUAAGUAAUAGAAGUAUAUGAUAUGCAGCAAUUAUGGUGAUGACAUUAUUACUGCAAAACUGUCAAAUGUGGCAGUGACUAUUUGUUUCACACUUUGAAAUUCUUUGUAAAUAUUUAAAUACAAAGUCCUUGUCA